UUAUCAACGACUCGCCGCUCUAUGUGAAUUUUCUAGGAAAGAUAAAUGAUCACGUUAUCUUCGAGAAUGACAGAAGCUUUGCCAUCUGUCCGUAAUCCUCCUGAGUUUGGCAAUGCUCACUGUGACCGUAGCACAUUUGUUACGGUUACAGCUGAAAAUACCUUUGAUAUUUCAAGAGUUCUGAAAUUAAUUUCUGAUCCUCAUACAGAUUUCAUGUAUGAGAGGCACAAAAUCGCUUUAAGAAACCUAAGAAAUGCGAACAUUUUCGGAAUAAAAAUACGUGAUCUUAUACAUUACUGUAAUAUUUUAAAUAUCUGUGCAAAACGAGUUACACAUUUAUCGGACGUUUAUCAUCACAGUUUAAUUGAAUUGAUAAAGUUAUGUGGCAAUCCAUUUUUAAAAAGCUUAAGUUCAGAUGAAGUGAACUACUUCAGUGUAGCUGUCGAUUUCAUGAAUCAUUUCGGAUACCUUUUACGUGUAAAGAAUGAAGAGAUUUCUUUGGCUGUUUGUCAUGCUUUGGAGAAAUUUUAUUUCAUGAAAGACGCUUUAAAUCAAAUACCUGAAGAACUCAAGGAACGACAAACUUCUAAGAAAUUCAAUCAAAAUGUCGUAUGUCAUAGUGAUAUUAUUGAAGCAUUAUUAUUGAGUUAUCGCGAAAUCAGUGAAACGAACGAAUUGUCUUUAGCUAUCAUUAAAUUAAUAGAGAGGCUGACAAAAUAUUCAGAAAUGAAUUCAAACAAAAUCAUUUUGAAAUCAGGCGCGAAAAUUAUCUGUGACCAUAUAAAUUUACCAAUAUCAUCGAAUGAUUUACUUUCUUAUAGUAUAUCUACUUUAUGGAAUUUAAUUGAUAGUAUAACUGAUGAAAGUGUUAAAAUUGAGUGGAUGAAACAGAUAGGAAAUGAAGACUGCCUAAUAAAACUUCGAGAUAUCUUCUUCACAUUGUUGGCACAAAGUCAUUCGAAAUUCUGUCGUAAUCUACGCAAUGAUGUGUUAACAAUAAUUUUAUUAAUUAUAAAAUAUGCAAAUGUCUAUGGACAGUUGAAACAAAUUCGUAUAGUAGAAACUGGUCUAGUGAAACGAUUGGUGAAUUUGUUAACAUUUGAUGAAUUUCGAUGCAUGAAUCCAUUAUUUAAAAAUUUAAAAUUAUUACCGAAUGAUGAAAAUUUCGAUAUGAAAAAGUUGAUUAUUUCAAUACUUGUGGAGAUAUCAAAUGAUCCAGUUGCAGUUUACGUAAUGUCUGACGCAGGUCUUAUCAAAGGCCUAUUUCAAUGGAUAUGUCCAGUGAUACAAACGAAUUCAGGAUAUCUAGGCGAUGAGCAGAGACAAGGCUUACGUAGUUCUACAAUUUUUAGUGAAUAUUACAAUUUGGGCAAAUGUAAUGUACAGUCGCAAAGUCAACUUACAAUGAAAAAUGAACAAGAUCCAUCAGAAGAUGAAGAAGGAAAAGCAGCCACUGUUGAUAAAAAUUCAAAGCUGAAAACAACUCAGACAAAUUUAUGCAAUGAACAAACUGAUCGUGAUCAUGGUGAUCACGGGGAUGAGGAUGAUGAUGGAAACACUUUUACGAAAGAUGAAAAACGACAAAAUCUUGAUGUGAUAAGUAAAUGGCCACAAGCUUAUUUAGAAGAAUUGCAUUUAUAUAUGCUUGAUGCAUUGGCUACAUUAGCACCACGUUUGCUGAGCGAUUGUUUAACUUAUGGUAUCCCACCAAGGCUGUUGUUAUUAUUACAAUGGUGUACUAGUUCAGAACCAUUUCUUGGACAAGGGAAUAGUUUUCAUGGUGUUGGUGGUAGAAAUAGCAAGAGAGCACAAUUGCGUUAUUCUUUACGUUUGAUACGCAGUCUUGUCGAGACAAAUGAUGAACGUAUUAUCUUGGAUUUUGUCUGUCAUGGUUUAAUUCAAUUUUUAAUACCAUUAAUCUGUCCAAUUUCAUUAAGACUGAAAUCGGAACGACCUCAUGAUGAAUUAUUGAAAUUUGGCGGUGAAACAUUAAGAGAAAGGCGUCGUUUACAAGAUGAACGAAAUAUUGCACUGACAAACUCAAAAGACUUAGUGGACGAUGAACAACAAGAAGAAGAAGAUAUUGUUGGAUUAGAGAUGCAGUGUGAUUUACUCUUGAUCUUAGCUAAAUUAUGUGAUCUUGAUGCUGAAAGGAAACAAAUGAUUGGUACAGACGGCGUCGAUGCUAUCAUCCAACUGCUUAAACAAACUUCAAAGAGAUUAGCAACAAUUGAAUCUGUUCAAUAUCGUUUAUUAACUCAGUCAACGCCUAUUCAGGCAACAUCGACAUCAUCAUCGUCAUCUCUGUCAUCAAUGCAUUCAAUUAUAUUAUAUCGUGAACCUUUGUUUAAAUUAGCAUAUGCUUUGACUGAAGCUGUAUGGUCUUGUAUAAUCGGUUCAAAUGAUUGUGAAGAUUAUUUCUUGAUGAAAAAUGGUGCAACAUAUCUACUCAAUUUAUUAGAGUGGUAUCCAAUUGAAUCGGUCAACUAUCUAUUGGGUUGUUUAGUCGAUUUAACUGAGAAUUCUAAAUGUCUACCAUAUUUAUCCAGUUGGUCUGGUAUUCGUCCUUUAAAUGAGACCAUUGAUGACGAUAAUACUACGAGACAGUCAAGUUCAACUUGACCAUUUCCAUACUCUGAGUCAUACUGAUGCCAGUCCAUUGA